AUGGCCACACCGGUGAUAGAGGUUGUGGCAAGAGAGAAGUUAUGCUCGCGCCGCGAUGCCUUGACUACUAAGGGAGGAUCUCCAUCAUGGGCGCUGGGAGUCUGGUCACCAGCGGUGGGUUCGUAUAGCUUCUCCACGAUCUGGGUAGAAGAAGAAACUGGAUGUAGAGGACGAGGUCGACCACGCGGAAACCUGCUGCUGCAGCUUGCAGUGUCGGACAAUCCCCGUGUCAUCGUCGGCGGGGACGAAGAUGGGUCAAUUGGGAGGAGAACGGAACAGAGUGCCAACGACUUUGCACUCGGACUGUGCAGGUCGGGACACAAUGCUAAAAGGCGAACCUCAGCUUCCUGGUGCAGUUCAAAGAGCGACGAAUCCUUAGGCAGAACUUUGAUGGGAGGGUGA